AUUCAACCAAUCAGACAAAGCGGCACAACUCGUUAAUGACAUGCGCAGUGAUGGAGGUGAUUAUCUUGGUUUAGGACGAUAAGGUAUAUAAGACUGAGCUGAUGGUACCUAGGACCACACACCUUCUUCCCAACAUCUAAGAAGGCCUUUCUAUUACGUCAAAAUGGCUUCGAAAAUUGUGCUGCUUUUGGCAUGUACUAUUGCAAGCUCAUUUGCUAGUGGAGGUCUUGGAGGUCUGGGAUACGGCGGCGGCCUAGGAUACGGCGGCGGACUGGGAUACGGCGGCGGACUUGGAGGUGGUCUAGGAUACGGCGGCGGUCUCGGAUACGGUGGCGGUCUUGGAUAUGGUGGAGGACUUGGAGGUGGUCUAGGAUAUGGAGGCGGUCUUGGAUAUGGUGGAGGAAUCGGAGGCGGUCUCGGAUACGGCGGCGGUCUUGGAUAUGGUGGAGGAAUUGGAGGUGGUCUAGGAUACGGCGGCGGUCUCGGAUAUGGCGGUGGACUUGGAUACGGCGGAGGACUAGGAGGAGGUCUAGGAUACGGUGGCGGUCUCGGUUUCGGCGGCGGUCUUGGAGGUGGUCUUGGAGGUGGCCUUGGAUACGGAGGAGGUCUUGGAUACGGCGGCGGUCUUGGAGGAGGUCUUGGCUUUGGACGUGGCUUAGGAUACGGCGUUGGAGGCGGCUACGGACUUGGAGGCGGCUACGGCGCUGGAGGCUACAACGGUCUUAAUGCUGGCUACGGACUCGGCGCCGGAAACUACGGAGCUGGAGGAUACGGAGGAGGCUACGGAGGUGCCAACGGUUUCGGAGCUGGUUCUGGAUACGGUGGCAGCAACGUCGGCGGUGGAUCCAGUGGAUUCAAGAAGACCACCUCAUCAAGCAGCUCUGGCUACUCCUCAGGAGGAUACGCCAACGGAGGCGGCGGCUUCGCCAACCUCGGAGGCUUCAACCAAGGAGGCGGCUACGGAGGUGGAUCCGGAGCUUACGGAUCCGGAAUCGGAGCUAACGGUUACCUCGGAGCCGCCAACGGUUUCGGAGCUGGAGGCAACUACGGAGCCGGAGGUAACUUCGGAGCCGGAGCCGGUAUUGGUGGAUACCCACUGUUGUAUUAAAUUAAACAAAUACGAACAUAACGUAAACAUUUGUUAACGUUUGAUGUGUGAUGAAAAACAAAGAUGUCUCUUGUUGUGAUGUAUGAUGUUACCACCAAUACAGAAUUGUGAUGUCCAAACGAAAAAAAAACAACACAUCAGCAUUUAAUGGCUAUUAAAAUAUAUUAUACAAUUUA